GGAGAGGUUUGUAGCAAGCGGCUGCUGCUGCUGCGUUGGGCUACUAGUCUACUGCGUUAGGCUUCCUUCUCGCAGGAGCUCCCAGAGGGGGAUUCCCCCAUGUUGGACUGGGACUCUCCUGUCGCCAGCCAGCCGCAGUCCGUUGGGGAAGGAGCCCUGCAUGGAUUUCGGAGCCUUUCCUCUGCCAUGUGUUUCUGUGGGGAAACUUCCAUUUUGAAAAAUACGGAUUGAUGGGGUUACGAACACAAUUUACAAACCAGAUGGCUGCAGGAAUCCAAGGAAUUAAAAAGAAAAGAAGCCGCAAAGAUGAAGAGGAGCCCCAGAAGGUUAAAAAGAAAAGGAAGGUGGCUGCAGGUGUUGUCUCCCAAAACCAGCAUCAAGUUAAAAUACAAAGAAAAGAGAAGAAACCCCAUUUGUCUGCUGAAGUGUUUGGGGAAGACUGUGAAAUUGGCUAUGACCAACUGUUUGAAUUCCUAAAAUACGCUGCUUUAGGAAAGCGCCAGAAUGCAGCUCAGCCCAGCUGGUGCCGCCUCCAUCACCAAAGACGUGUGGCUGGCGUGGUGGUGGUGGUCCUCCGGGAAGUGAGUCGGCUGCAUUACUACUGGUUCUACAUGCAGUUCAAGCACCUCCGAAAGACAUUCAGACAUCGGUUCUCUUUAUCGCCUGUUUCGGAUGGUUUUAUGGAAGAACAUUAUGGAGCAGGAAGUAACGGCAAUCAGCAGAUCAGCAAGCCAGAGAUUCUGAACGAUCCCAUCAUCCAGAAAUAUGGAGAAGGCCGGCGUGGGCUCUCCAGUUACAUCCUCACACCAGAGGAGAUGUGUCUCAAUGAAUACCCUCUAGAAGGUUCCAGUGACUGCAGCCAUUUUACCUCCACCCGACACAAAGGCCCAGUGACGGACUGCAGCCCUCUCUUUGGGCUGGACUGUGAAAUGUGCCUCACUGAGAGGGGAUCCGAACUCACGCGAGUCUCGUUGGUGGAUGCCUCUGGCCAGUGCCUGAUGGAUGAGCUUGUCAAACCCGACUUGCCAAUAAAGAAUUACCUCACCAGGUACUCCGGCAUCACAAAAAAGCUCCUUCGUCCAGUCACCACAAAGCUUGCUGACGUCCAGCGCAAGUUAAGGAAGCUGCUUCCCUCAGAUGCAGUCUUAGUGGGUCACUCUCUCAAUGCAGACCUCCAAGCGUUACAAAUGGUACAUCCAAGCGUUAUAGACACUUCACUCCUUUUUACUCGGAAAGGCAACAAAAGGUUCAAGCUAAAGUUCUUGGCAGAAGCUGUUUUAGGGAAAGAAAUUCAGCGCGAAGACCAAAAGGGUCACCACCCAACUGAAGAUGCCAGAUGUGCCCUUGAACUGGCCCAGUAUUUCAUUAACCAGGGACCCAGAAAGGUAGCAGAGCUGAACUUGGAAGCCAGAUGGCUGGAGCAAAGGAAGGAAGGAAACUCGCUGAAGAAUGGGAUCCGGAGGCAGGUGAAAGAGCCCAUCCAGUGCUGUCUAGACAUCCUGCACUCUGUCGGUAUAAAAACUCUGCUUCUGGGAGGGGAGAACAGUGUUUCUUCCGACAACUGUGCAAACAAUGGGGGCGUUCCAAACAAGCACGUUCUUCAGAGAGCCCUGGAAGAGAUCCCGAGGUCCUCCUUCAGCGUAAUUCAGUUUACGUUGGAUUCAAAAUACGCUGUCUCUGACCGUGUGGCGGAAAUUGAUGGAAAGCUGAGGACCAAGAUGGCCACUCUGUCCACCCUGUACGCCGGCCCAUUUGGCAAAGGCUGCUGCCUGAAGGCUCUGAAGAAAGUCUUCAAGAAGUACGGCCAUAUUCAGUCGAUAAGAGUCAUCACAGAAACAUUCCAGCCCCAUCUCUGCAUCCAGUAUGAAGUCCUGGAGGCUGCCCAGCUUGCUAUGGAAAGUCUGGAUGGAACGGAAGUGGCCGGAUCCCUGAUUAAGGUUCAGAGACCCAUCACCGAGGCAGUGCUCGACUGCGAGGCCCUCGUGAAAAGGCUGGAGAUGGACGCAGACAACAAAGGUGUCAUUUACGUGGCAGGACUGGGGAAGAUCCAGAGCGAGACAGAUUUGCAAAAGAAACUGGGGGAUCUGAAAGAUCUGAAGUCUCUUUUCCUGCCGCGGGACCCUAUAAGUGGGAGAUGGAGAAAUUAUGGCUUUCUGAAAUUCCGAACGGCGGAAAGUGCAUCCAGUGCCCUGAAAGCCAUCACAGAGCAGUGCGCCGGAGGCCACAGCCUGCCCUGCCGGAGAGCUCUCACACCUGCACAUCUCCACCGCUGGGUCUGUCCAGUGACUCCGAAUGGCAGAGAGUCCGCAGUCCCACGGCUGGAACAAGAGGCUCUUCUCCAGAAGAAGGAGCCGUCGUCCGCUUGGGAGCAAGACUUAAAGAAAGCAAUGAAGACCUUCGACUGCAGACUGAAAAAGCUCUACAACUGUUUGCCAAAUCGGACCCUGUGCAUUGUUCUCUUCCCAGGAACAAACAGAGUUUCUGAACCUCUCCCUGGAUUUGGCCUGCUGGGAAUAAAAGAAGAAAGCCCAGCUCCCAGCUCUUCUUAGUAUGCACGGUUUGAGCGUCCCGGUUUUGGCUGGAACAGAAACCUCAGCAACUUUCGUUUGAUUCUGCACCUGACUACAAGUAGGCUUCCCCCUGAACGUUUUUAAUAUUGUCACAUAAAUAUCUGAAUCAUGUUGUUAA